GCCUGCUUUUCUCGACUUGUUUCUUUUUCCGUUUCGCAUGCUGUUCUUCCACCAGAGAAUAAUUCCGGUGUCAUUCGGUGCCUUCAACUUCCCACGCGCGUUGCCUGUCUUGGAGCUCCGCUUUGCAUGUUCUCAGGUUUGUUCCGAUUCUGCCGGUCUGUCUUCUUCUGUUUUGUUUUUCCGUGGAAGCUGAGCCGUUUUUUGCGGCCAUCCGAGCCACAAACGUCCUUUUUCAGUGGCGUUGCCUUCGAGUCUCUCUUUGCACUUUCCGGCGACAUGGCUGCUUCCUGUUCUCUGCAGAACGCCUCAACCACGACCCGCUUUCUUGUCGGGUUCGCUGUGCUGGCUUCCAUUCUCUUUGCGCUCUCACCAGCUGUCUCCUCUCUUCCCGCCCUCUCGUUCGCUGCUGCCCAGGUGGAGUCCGGUGUCCAGGCAGCUGUCCAUGUUGUUGAAGGACCGCAUGCACCGGCUGUUGCGGAAGAGCAACAGAUAACCAACGUCCGGGGGGAGUCUCCUGUGGAGAAUUCUUCUGGCGGCUCCGGGAGCCGCCCUGCGGCUUCUGGCGCUGUUGAACCAGCGGCGAUGGGUGAACCAUCAGAACGUGGUUUGGACGGCCACCGACCUUCGAGAGGAAAACCAGAAAGUGGCAAACAGCUGCUUGAACGUCUCCGACGCACCAGCACGGCGGCUCGAGGGGCGCAGACGCCAAAGGCAGAGGAACUCAAGGUGCAGGAACAGGGUCUAACCGACGAUCGGACCAUUGUCAUCAGGCCCAGGGCAGGACCGCGAGAACAACUGAAAAAAGCUCUUCGCAGGAACCUUAGAAUCACACGAGGCCAGUGGGUCAAAACGGUUCUGUGGUUCGCCAUCAGCUGCGUGCAGCUGUCGGCGGUGUCUGCACUUGUCCACGUCUUCAACGCCGGAUUGCAGGUGCUGCUCGCUUACGCCGGGAUCGGAAGCUUUUUGGUUGUGGCGUAUUCUGUCAUCUUCGGAGCCAUGCUGGUGUGGUUCGCCAUCAACGCCUUCGGUACUGCAGUGGCUACAGUGAUUGUUUUGCUGCUUGCGGAAGUCAGCGACGACGCUGGGACUAAGAAACGAGCCACGGCAAGAGACGCUGUGAAAGGCAAGCCCUCGUCCGUUGCGGAGAAGAAGCAAGCGACAGCUGCUGUCUCUCCCACGGCGGUAGAACAAGGAGACAACAACUAAGCACUCGUCCAGAAACAGAAGAAGCGAAGAGAGUGAGAGGCGUCGACUGGAGGACACAGUGCCUGCAGCGCAGCCUCAAGCAGGCCUCUCGAAUGUCUCUUCUCUGCUGUGUAUCUUCUGCGAGGGAUAGGUCGCCCCGCAGAGACGAAGAACUUCCCACCACGCGGCGCCGCUUGUUUUUGUGCUGAGUCAGCGUUCACUGAAGAGAAAGGUUUUCGUCACGGUUUUCGGACGUUUCGAAAGGUCGUGACCAUCGAUUUUUGGGGUUCGCCGGUAUUGGAGACCUCUUUUUUUUGCACCGAUGUUGCUUUAAAUCUAGAACAAUAGCGCGCACUCCCGGAACGCUUCUGAAGCUGAAGUGUGGGUAUAACUGCGGCCACCAGACCUACCGACACUUUCCAUAAUGAGUUGCGGCG